AUGCAUGUCUACAAGUUCAUUGCUCGAGAUGAAGCUGGUGAUGGUGACGAUGAUGUCGAAUACCGGCUUAUCAACACCGAACCGCGAGGGACAUUCACAGUAGAUCCAGUGAGUGGAGUGGUGCAAACAGCUUUGAAACAUUAUAAACCUGGUGAAACUUACCGUGUUUUCGUUCAAGCGCGAGAUCGAACACCGACAGAUCCCGAAGUUCCUCAGGAUAGCGAAGUUGCAGUACUGGAAGUAUAUGCUGGUGAUCGUGCUCCACAGUUUGUUGAGCAACAGUAUACAGUUUUUGUUCCAGAGAAUACUGAACUUGGCUCCAGCAUAGUGGCUAUCAAAGCAGAGUGUUUCAAACCAAUCGACAAGAGACGUAGCAAAGGUAAACUGUUGUAUCAGCUAUAUUUGGAUACAACUCUAGUGGAACAUGAAUCAUCACCGUACUUCACAAUUGACGCUGAACAUGGCUUGGUUCAAUUGAUAAAAGCGCUCGAUUACGAUGACAAUACUCAACCAAAGCAUCAUCAGUUAGCAGUUAUCGCACGUGAAGAUAGUAAAGAAAGUAAAGUACCACUGGAUGUUUACAUCAAAGAUGUGAAUGAUAACGCUCCUAUAUUCACACAACCUAUUUAUAGUGCUACAAUCAAAGAAGACAUAACAUCUGGUUCUACUAUCUUGACAGUACAAGCAGAUGACAAAGAUGACGGUGAAAACGCUCGAAUUAAGUAUAGCUUAGAUGACAAUAAUUUUACGAUCAAUGAUCGAGGAGAAAUAUCGGCUCGAAGACGUCUGGAUGCAGAUCAAAAUCGAGAACGCUUCUUUAUCUAUCGUUUCAAUGUUACAGCAACUGAUUGUGGUGAACCAUCACUAAGUAGUAGUGCUGUGGUGCAUAUUCGUACAGAAAAUACAAAUGAUGAAGCUCCGACUUUUAUCCCGAAUGGAAGUUAUCAUGCAUUUGUUGCCGAAGAUGCUCAAAGUGGAACACCGAUAGUGCAAACUCAAGCAAUUGACCCAGAUCGAGAUCAGGUUUUCUAUACAUUUCUGUUGUCGAAUGGUGUCGAAACAUCGGUAACUCAAUUGUUUGAGAUUGAUCAAGAUACUGGAUUAAUUAGACUUGGACCGAACGUGAAGCCGGCAGAUCUUGUACAUGAGGAAUCUCCGUACAACUUGACAGUAGUGGCACGAGAUGAUGGAUCUUGCUGCGGACAAGGCGCAAGCGAACUUCAUAUGCAAACUGCUACAGUCACUAUUGAUAUCGCGGAUGUGAACAACAACAAGCCGGAAUUUCGCAGUUGUGAGAUCUACAGCAGUAUCGCCAAAAUUGAGGAAGGCGAUUAUAAAACAAAUGCACCAGUUAUUUUAAAGGUAAUGGCGACUGACGAAGAUUCACCACCAAACGGAGAAAUCGUUUACUCGUUAUAUUAUUCACAGUCUGAAUCCCGUAAACCGUUUAUUAUAAACUCGGAAACGGGUGAACUGAGACCAUCACCGUUUGUACGCUUUGAUCGUGAACAAAGGGCGCAGGAAGAAGUUACAGUAAAGGCGACAGAUAAGGGUGAAAGACCGUUGAUUGGCUUCUGUCAAUUUACUGUGCAAGUUCUUGAUGUAAAUGACAAUCCACCACAAUUUGACCGGACAUUUUAUGAAACUUCGAUCUCGAGGAAUGUCGAUAUUGGGUAUUCGGUGAUAAAUGUCUUUGCGGAUGACGCCGAUGCUCCACAGAAUGCUCGAAUAACCUAUUCGUUGGCUGAGGAUAUAUUGGCUGGCAAGGAACAUUACAAGGAUUAUAAAUUUUUUCAAAUAAUCAAUGAAAAUAAUGGUGAAAUCACACUGGCCAGUCAAAUUCCACCAUAUAAAGAUCGUUUUGUUUUCAACGUCAUAGCCGAUGAUAACGGGAAACCGCUUGUGCAACGAAGUGCAGUGCAAGUUAUUGUGAAUGUCCAUGAAAGGCAACAAAGUGCGCCGCAGUGGCAAACAAAUGAUGAUUGUAAGACGACAGUUACGGUGGAUGAAGACAUUCCUAUUAAUUCGGUCCUUUUUCGAUGUUUGGCCAUUCCAGGAGAUGGUCCAAAGAAUCCAAUUUCUUACAAGAUGGCAAAUGGUGCUAGUCGUGGUACUAACCACGAUAUGCAUUUUCGUGAAUUCCUGGAAAAGACAAAUGGGCGAGACUGGGUUGUUGUGAGGAAUAUGGUUGGAUUGGAUUAUGAGCAGCAACAGAAUUAUACCUUGACAAUAACAGCCAUGGAUAUGCGCAGCUUGAUAACAUCCGACAAGCAGUUCCAUGUUAUAGUACGAGAUAAGAAUGACGUGGUUCCACGAUUCACAGUUGAUUUAUUUACGGGCAAUAUCGAAGAAGAACAAACACCAACAGAAUUUCUUACCAAGUACAAUGGUAAUCCUAUAGCAGUUGUUAAAGCGGAGGAUGCGGAUUCCCCAGGUCCACAAUCCGAAGUGCGUUACCAGAUCAUUAGUGAUGGUGACAGUGGAGCAGCACGACUGUUCCGGAUCGAUGAACUAACUGGUGGAAUAUACCCACUUGAGAUUUUUGAUCGAGAAAAAAUGAUUCGUUCAUUUUUGAUGUUGAAGCGCAUGAUAGUGUCCCAUCAAGUUUGCCCGGCGCUUCGGGACCGAAUAAAGUUCUUCUACUUCUUAUUUACUUCAGAUAUCGUUAAAGUACAAAUCUUUGUGGCAGAUAUCAACGAUAAUGCUCCAUACUUCGAGCAAAGUCGUUACGAGGCUCGAAUUACAGAAAAUGCGGAAAUCAAUGAAGAUGUGAUUACUGUGAAGGCGUAUGAUUUGGAUCGAUUACCAAAUCUUAAAUACGAUUUGUAUGCUGUGUACGGCGGGCGAAUACCAUUCGGAGUUCGGACCGAUUCCGGUGCACUCUUUGUUAAAGAACCACUCGACUAUGAAAAGGAAAAUGUGUAUCACAUGAAACUAUUUGUGACGGAUGGUAAACACAACGCUACAACGGAUCUGUAUGUAUACAUUGAUGACGUAAACGAUAAUCCACCUCAAUUUGAAAAGGAUUUAUAUGAGAUCACAAUAUUUGAAGAAGACCGAGAUGUACCGAAGAUAUUGUUUUUUGUCAAAGCUACCGAUGCUGACAAGCAAGAUGAUUCAUCUAAGAUUGUUUAUCGUCUCGAAGGACAAGGAGUUGGCGAAUUUUUCCGGGUUGGCCAAUACAGCGGCAAUAUUGAAGUAAUACGGUCCCUGGAUCGUGAUCCUCCAGCUGGUGUAUCUGUCUGGAAAUUCAUUGUACAAGCGAUUGACGAUGAUGGCCAUGGACUGAUUGGCUACGCUGAUGUGCAGGUUAAUUUACGCGAUAUUAAUGACAAUGGACCGAUAUUUGCUAACAAUUUAUUUGGAGCAGUCGAUGAAACCGUGAUCUGGAGGAUUAUAAAAGAUGAAGGAGUGUUCGUGAUGACAGUUACAGCCACAGAUUAUGAUGAUCCACGCACGGAUAAUGCCCGACUCGAGUACAGCAUUGUGGUAAAUAAAGAAAUUGAUGGUGAACCUGUUUUCCGGAUUGUUCCAAGUAAUGGAAAAAUUUAUGCCAUGCGAAAACUGGAUCGUGAAUUGCCGUCAGAAAAACAAUUUGUUAUCGAAGUUCGGGCUAUUGAUAAAGGGACACCAUCACUUGAAGGGACAGGAAAUGUAACAAUUCGAGUGAUGGAUGUGAACGAUAAUGAGCCGUACUUCGAAAAAACAUUAUAUGUUGGAUCGGUCGUCGAAACUGCAUCAGUUGGUUCAGCGGUUAUUAGUAUAUCAGCCUUGGAUAAGGAUACCGAAGCAAGUGAUAACAUUUUUUCUUAUGAGCUAGUGGAUGAACAUCAGUAUUUUUAUAUGACAACGGAAACUGGCUCAAGUAGUACAAGCGUUGGAGUUCUUCGAGUUAAAAAGCCGUUGGAUUACGAAGAUCCAGCACAACGUAACGGUUUCACGUUCGGCAUUCGUGUUUAUGAUGGCCGAUACUAUGCAACUACUAAACUGCAAAUCGAACUCCAGGAUAGGAAUGACAAUCCCCCGGUUAUCAACGGACCACAGCAUGUCCGGCUGCAUGAAGAUGCGUGGCUCGGCAAAGUGGUUGCCAAAUUCACGGUCCAGGAUGCGGAUGCAAAUGAUACUGCAGUGUUCCGAAUCAAUCGGCAAACUGAUCCAAAACGUCAGUUUUCAAUCGAUCAAAGUGGAUCACUAUGUGUUGCCCAACGGCUCGAUCGUGAAGAGAUCCCGAAAUACAAUUUGGUUGUUGAGGCCUUUGAUUCUGCUGGAAAUGUUGGAUUUCAAACGAUAGAAAUUUAUGUGCAAGAUGUCAAUGAUAAUGCACCGGUGCCGUACACAGUACCGAACCCAUGUGUUUUCAUGGAAAAUACCGAUCCAACAAUGCAACCUACAUGUGAGAUACGUGCAUACGAUCCGGAUACUAUUGAAAAUGGACCGCCUUUCUUGAUGAAGUUAGCAUCGGAUUUCAAAUUUGGUGCGUAUCUAAGUGUUAUCUAUAAUAAAAACGGUGAUAAUGGUAACGGUUCAAUGAUUGUUACGGCAAAACAGCGAUUGGAUCGCGAAGCCGAAUUUCCCGGAAAGCAACUCGAAAUCCCUAUAAUUCUAAAAGAUUCUGGUGGUUUGCAGUCGGAACGUUCUGUUUACAUUAUUAUUGGUGAUGAGAAUGAUAGUCCGAUGAGAGAUGGCGAGAUGACCAUUUUUGUGAAUAGCUACCUGGGGCGUCUUGAAAAGACAGUGAUUGGGCGAGUAUAUGUCGAGGACAAUGAUGACUGGGAUUUACCGGAUAAAGUGUUCUCAUGGGCUCCUGGAAAAUCUUUGCCUGGCUUCAGUAUUGCUCUUAAUGGCGAGAUCACAAUGGAUGCUAAUAUGCCACCUCGAACGUAUCAAAUGACUGCUAACGUUGUUGAUAAACGACGUAGUGAGAAAGCACAAGGUGUUGUUAAUGUCAUUAUAAAGAUGGUACCUGCGGCUGCCUUCGAAAAUCAGGGUGCAAUUAGAAUUAUGUUGUCACCUAAUGGACUAGAUUCACCAGGAAGUUUCAUAAGAGUCGAUUCGACUGGUUCCAGCCCAAUGAGUCGAUUUGUGAAUAAAAUGAAUGAAUAUUUGGAUGGGAACUCUGAAUUGGAUGUCUUUUCUAUCAAGCAAGACCAAGUUGUGUUACAAAAUUAUGCUCCAACUGUGUUAGAUGUCCGUUUUUCGGCACAUGGUAGUCCAUACAAAAGUCCAGUUUUACUGAAUGGUUUAAUUGCACAGUAUCGCAGUGAACUAGAACAAGCAAUCGGUGCUACAAUCGUAUCAGCUGGUAUUGAUAUGUGCAAGUUUACUGUAUGUGACAAAGGAUGUCAGACUGUUAAUCAUGCUAAUGAGCAAGGUAUCGUGGUAUCUGCCAAUCAGACAGUUAUAGUUGGUGUAAAUGCAUGGUCUAACGAUACUUGCAUUUGUCCAGUUUUUACACCACCUUCAUCAUGCCAAGCAAAUUUGUGUCUCAAUUCCGGUGUUUGCCAUAACACAUAUCCUGGGUUUUUCUGCGAAUGCCGUAAUAAUUUCCUGAAAGGUUCACGAUGUCAAGGUACCACACGUUCUUUUGAUGGACAAGGAUUCGCUUGGUUUAAACCAGUCCCGGCAUGCACCUCGUUGAACAUCUCUCUACAGUUUUUAACUAGACAGGCUAAUGGUUUAUUGUUGUAUAAUGGUCCAAUGGGUGAUAAUAAUACGUAUGGACGAGCGGAUUAUAAAGAUUAUGUUAUCCUGCGAUUGGUUGCUGGUCGCAUACAAGCUGAUCUCAUGUUUAAUGGUAUUGUGGCUAAUCCGAUACAGAUUCCAGGCUCGGAUGCUCUCAAUGAUGGGAAAUGGCAUACAGUUACGUUGUAUCAGGAUGGCAAGCAUAUUGAAUUGGUAAUUGAUAACUGCUAUACGAUUGUACCUAUUGGAACAGAUGAUAAAAUUAUUGGCAUCGAUGAUUCUUCCUGUCGCCGUGUUAAAAUAACAGCUGAUGAUGAUGAACGGUUAAAUGUUGUCGCACCAUUACAGAUUGGUGGAGUUGCACCGUUAUCUGGAAAAGACCACUAUCCAGGAGUAGUGACAACCUUUGCGAUGAACUUUAAAGGUUGCAUACGUGAUUUGGUGGUGAAUAAUGAACUGUAUGAUUUGGGUGUUCCGGACUAUACAAGUGAAGAACAUUCACAAAUUGGUUGUCAACUUACGGAAGCAGCUUGUGGUCUAAAUGAUAUCAGUGGACCGUACUGUGUUCACGGGGAAUGUAUUUCUGAUUUGGUGUCGAACGUACCGAAGUGUUUAUGUGACCCAGGAUAUGGUGGCGAUCAAUGUGAUACUCCAUUCAAAUGGGUCGAAUUUGGCCCUGGGUCAUUCGUCGAAUAUGAUGUGAAAGUGGGUCUGGAAGAUAAGACAACAAACGUAGAUGUGCUGUUCCUACCUGGUAAAGCUAAUGCAGGAACUGGAGAACUGGGCUUCGCCGGUGCUGGUGAAAAGUAUAUCAGCACUUCGAUUGAAAAUUAUUCACCGACAGCUAAAUUUGACUUCAGUUCUGCUGCUGUCUCUACUACACCAGUAGAAUUACGGUUGACUGACUUACACCUUCAGAACAAUAUCUCUUACUGGAUGCAAUUUUCCAGAAGUCCCGUUCGUGCUUCUCUAUCCGUCGAUGGUGUUUACCAUGGAAUACUGCCUUUGAAUCCACUCAAAAUUCCAUAUCAGAUUGAUAUAAAUGAACUACUUCUUGGCGCAUUAAGUGUUCAGGGUGCCAAAGGCUUCAGGGGUUGUGUCGGUACUUUCCGCUGGCAGCACAUUAAUUUACCGUUGAUAAAGAGCGAGGAAUGGUCAGGAGGUUAUGGCCAAAGUGAUAGUGACUCGAUCAUAUCUGUGAAGCAAUCGAAAAGUGUUGAAAAUGGCUGUUCACAACGGAAGACAUGCGCUAAUGUGGGAUUUGCAUACUGCGGUGGUUCUUUUGUUUGUGUUGAUUUUUGGAAAGGACCGUUCUGUACAUGUCCAGAAGGCGCCCAGGUACUCCUUGGAACUAAUGGUGAACUGGUCGGUUGCGGCGAAACAUUAGCUGUUAGCAGUCUUGGUAUUUCCAGUCCUGCAAUCAUCCUCAUCCUUAUAUGCUUGAUUUUAUUAAUGAUGAUGGUUCUGUUGAUGGUUGUGUAUACUCGACGUCAUACACCACCAUUCGAGCCUGUUCGCCCAGAAGAAUUGAAUCGUGACAAUUUGAGGCCAUAUGAUUUAGAAGGGGGCGGUGAAGCAGACAAUGACCAGUAUAACAUCACCAAUCUUCGUAAGCCGGUGAUGCCAAUCGAGGAAAAUGGUGUUAAUGGUUAUGCACAACCUGUAUAUCCCAUGCAACGCGCCCCAAUUGAUGAUAAGCUUAACAGCAGAAUCAAGAAUUUGGAGGCAGAUCCAGAUGCUACAGCACCGUACGAUGAAUUACGAAUUUAUGAUGAUGAAGGCGACAAUAUAUCAAGGAUAACCCUUGAAUCGCUUGAAUCAACUGAUGAUGCAGCUCCUUCUGGCAGUCUUGAUCAAGAGAUUGAAAAAUGGGGUCCACGCUUUAAUAAUUUAGCCGAUAUAUACGGUAAGCGUGAGAAGUGAAAUGAUUUACAAUCUCCCG